CGGGCACGGGGGAGGGGCCGGAUCCCGGGCUCACCGGGCACGGGGAAGGGGCGGGAUCCCGGGCUCACCGGGCACGGGGAAGGGACCGGAUCCCGGGCUCACCGGGCACGGGGAAGGGACCGGAUCCCAGCCCGGCCCCUUCCGCCGCCGCCAUCGGCCCCGCCGGCCAUGCAGCGGGGGCUGCCCCCCGAGGUGACAUUCGAGGACGUGGCCGUGUCCUUCUCCCCCGAGGAGUGGGCGCAGCUGGCGCCCUGGCAGCGGGCGCUGCACCGGGAGGUCAUGGGCGACAACUACGACCUGGUGGCCAGCCUGGACCCCAACUCCAAGUUCACCCACAUGAAGGAGGAGUCCCACGGGGGGGCUCCCUGCGCUGGGGGCCACAGCGGAGAUACCAACACCAGCGACACCUGUGCCUCGAGCGGUUCUGACACCAAGGAUGUCGCCGAGGGACGCCGGGAACCGGGGGCCGGUGUCCCCCGCUCCGGCCGCCGUGCCACCGAGCGCGGGGGCCGCGGCCGGGCCGUGCCCCGGCGGGUCCCGGGCGGCAGCGGCGGGGCCGAGGCGCAGCCGGACCGGCCGUACCCGUGCGGCACCUGCGGCAAAUCCUUCCGGCACCGCCGCAGCCUCCUGGCGCACAAGAAGCUGCGGCGGGGGAACCGGGCCCGGCACGGCUGCGCCGAGUGCGGCCGCAGCUUCUGCCUGCGCGGGGACCUGCUGCGGCACCGCGACGCGCACCGGGCGCGGCCCCCGGGCCGCCGGUACCGGGCGGGCGCGGCGGGGCCGGGCGAGGAGCGGCCCUUCGAGUGCGGCCGCUGCGGGAGCAGCUUCAGCUGGAGGGAGAGCCUGGAGCUGCACCUGCGGGGGCACCGCGCCGCCGAGCGCGCCCACGCGUGCCCCGAGUGCGGCCGCGUGUUCCCGCACCGCGGGCACCUCCUGCUGCACCGCCGGGCGCACUCGGGCCCGCGGCGCUUCCCCUGCGCCCGCUGCGGCCGCGCCUUCGCCUCCCCCGCCACGCUCAGAGCCCACCGCAGGACGCGGCGGCACUGCCGGGCCCGCGGCCAGGGCCCCCGGGGGGACAGGGACCCUCCCGGGGACAGGGACCCCCGCGGGGACAAGGACAGGGACCCCCAGAAGAUCACGAGGCCGGGAGACAUUUUCCCAAUUAAAUUCCCGAAAUUCCAGCGGGGCUGGGACGCUGAGGAGCAGAACCCGCUGGGAUUUUAA